GAUUUUUUUUACUUUUAAAAAUAAUAUAUUAUAUUGUUAUAUUUCGACACGAGAUCAACAUAGUGGCAAUGCUGUCCCUGCUUGCUCACAGCAGUUAUUGAAAUCGCAGCAUCAUAAUUUCGUUAUUCAACGUUGUGACAAUGUUGGAUGCCUGCUGGGAUACGAUUCAGUAGCUGCUAUUACAAUUCAUUUUGCAUCUCGUUUUGUAGAAGAAUGCCACUUUAUUCAGUGAGAAGUUUCGGACUCCUGUGUAUUUCUCACUGUCUACAGUAAAAUUGAUGCAUUGGCUUCACCCACAAACCACUCCCUCAUAGCCUCCACCUAAACCUCUCCAGUGUCCCGGGUUGUGCAAAGAUCGCGGCUCAAAGUCUUUGACGCUCGUUACUCCGCUGCUGACGACUUCCACCAUGCCAAACUGGGGUGGGGGUAAUAAGUGUACGGCCUGCCAGGGGAUGGUAUACCACGCGGAGGAGGUUCAGUGCGACGGCAAGAGCUUCCACAGAUGCUGCUUCCUCUGCAUGGUCUGCCGGAAAGGCCUAGACAGCACCACGCUAGCCAUCCACCACAAGGAGAUCUACUGCAAAUCCUGCUACGGGAAGAAGUAUGGCCCCAAGGGUUAUGGCUAUGGCCAGGGGGCUGGGACGCUUAACACGGACCGGGGAGAGAGGCUCGGGAUCAGACCAGAAAAGAGCCCGAGCCAUCGGCCCGCGAGCAGCCCCAACCCUUCCAAGUUUGCCCAGAAGUUCGGGGGGCUGGAGAAGUGCGCCCGAUGCGGGGAACCUGUCUAUGCUGCAGAGAAGGUAGUGGGGGCUGGCAAGCACUGGCACCGAAUCUGCUUCCGCUGUGCCAAGUGUGGCAAGAGCCUGGAAUCCACCACGCAGACGGAUAAAGAAGGAGAGAUUUACUGUAAAGCUUGUUAUGCAAAGAACUUUGGGCCGAAAGGCUUUGGCUACGGCCAGGGAGCAGGGGCCCUUCUGCACGCCAAGUGAGGAAGCCAGCCGACCGCCAUCACCGAGGGCACCGGAUCACACUAUCAUUCAACUACUGCAUUUCUUCCUUUCUUCAAGAAAUUUUCCAUUUGCGUUGAAGUAUUAAAAAAAAUCAGGUUGGCU